AGGAGCGCAGCCGCCGCCGCGUCCUCUCAGCCUUGCGCUCCGCCCGCUGCUUCUGCCGCCGCAGCGCAGAGCCGGGGGCACCGGCCCCGCAGCCUGCCCACUCUUCGGGCCGCGUGCCAGCUGCAGCCGGCAUGGGGGGUUGCUGAGAGCGGGCACUCCUUCCUUCUGGCACCUCCCCCGGCUACUGGCCACUGGACUCUGGCCAGCGAGGCUCGGCACCUCUGGCCCCCAGUCCGGCUCCUGGCACGGUCCUCUGCUCCUCCAGCUCUGAGCAUCGUGUCCCCGUCCGCCCCCCCGCCCGCGCCUGGGACACCUGGGUCCCCCGGCGGCCCCUAGGAGAGGGGCGGGGGGGGCAUGAAGCCGCUGGAGAAAUUUCUGAAGAAGCAGACGUCGCAGCUGGCGGGCCGAACGGUGGCGGGAGGUCCCGGCGGGGGUCCGGGGAGCUACGGUGGGCCUGGAGGGGGUGGGGGACCCGGCGGGGGCGGCUGUCCAGCCGGGGGACCGCGGUCGUUGCAGCGGCGUCAGAGCGUGUCUCGCCUGCUGCUCCCCGCUUUCCUCCGGGAGCCCCCCGCCGAGCUGGGGCUGGAGCCGCCCCCUGAGGAGGAAGGGGGAGAGCCAGCGGGGGUCGCGGAGGAGCCGGGCAGCGGGGGGCCCUGCUGGCUGCAGCUGGAGGAGGUGCCAGGGCCCGGGCCGCUCGGGGGAGGGGGGCCCCUGCGCUCCCCUUCCUCCUACUCAUCUGACGAGCUGUCCCCGGGCGAGCCCUUGACUUCGCCGCCCUGGGCCCCCCUGGGCGCCCCCGAGCGGCCGGAGCAUCUUCUGAACCGGGUUCUGGAACGGCUUGCUGGAGGGGCCACCAGGGACAGCGGCGCCUCAGAUAUCCUGCUGGAUGACAUUGUCCUUACCCAUUCUCUCUUCCUCCCGACGGAGAAAUUUCUGCAGGAGCUACACCAGUACUUUGUUCGGGCAGGAGGCAUGGAGGGCCCUGAGGGGCUGGGCCGGAAGCAGGCCUGUCUAGCCAUGCUUCUCCAUUUCUUGGACACCUACCAGGGGCUGCUUCAAGAGGAAGAGGGGGCCGGCCACAUCAUCAAGGAUCUAUACCUGCUAAUUAUGAAGGACGAGUCCCUUUACCAGGGCCUCCGAGAGGACACUCUGAGGCUGCACCAGCUGGUGGAGACGGUGGAACUAAAGAUUCCAGAGGAGAGUCAGCCACCCAGCAAGCAGGUGAAGCCACUCUUCCGCCACUUCCGCCGGAUAGACUCCUGUCUGCAGACCCGCGUGGCCUUCCGGGGCUCUGAUGAGAUCUUCUGCCGCGUAUACAUGCCUGACCACUCUUACGUGACCAUACGCAGCCGCCUUUCAGCAUCUGUGCAGGACAUUCUGGGUUCUGUGACGGAGAAACUUCAAUAUUCAGAGGAGCCCGCGGGGCGUGAGGAUUCCCUCAUCCUGGUAGCUGUGGCCUCCUCAGGAGAGAAGGUCCUUCUCCAGCCCACUGAGGACUGUGUUUUCACCACACUGGGCAUCAACAGCCACCUGUUUGCCUGUACUCGGGACAGCUAUGAGGCUCUGGUGCCCCUCCCCGAGGAGAUCCAGGUCUCCCCUGGAGACACGGAGAUCCACCGAGUGGAGCCUGAGGACGUUGCCAACCACCUAACUGCUUUCCACUGGGAGCUGUUCCGAUGUGUGCACGAGCUGGAGUUCGUGGACUACGUGUUCCACGGGGAGCGUGGCCGCCGGGAGACGGCCAACCUGGAGCUGCUGCUGCAGCGCUGCAGCGAGGUCACGCACUGGGUGGCCACCGAAGUGCUGCUCUGCGAGGCCCCGGGCAAGCGCGCGCAGCUGCUCAAGAAGUUCAUCAAGAUCGCGGCCCUCUGCAAGCAGAACCAGGACCUGCUGUCUUUCUACGCCGUGGUCAUGGGGCUGGACAACGCUGCUGUCAGUCGCCUUCGACUCACCUGGGAGAAGCUGCCAGGGAAAUUCAAGAACUUGUUCCGCAAAUUUGAGAACCUGACGGACCCCUGCAGGAACCACAAAAGCUACCGAGAAGUGAUCUCCAAAAUGAAGCCCCCUGUGAUUCCCUUUGUGCCUCUGAUCCUCAAAGAUCUGACUUUUCUGCACGAAGGGAGUAAGACCCUUGUAGAUGGUUUGGUGAACAUUGAGAAGCUGGGCUCAUUCCUUGUCAUCUCCCAGCAUUCAGUGGCCGAAAAAGUGAGAACAAUCCGCAAAUACCGGAGCCGGCCCCUUUGCUUGGACAUGGAGGCAUCCCCCCAUCACCUGCAGACCAAGGCCUACGUGCGCCAGUUUCAGGUCAUCGACAACCAGAACCUCCUCUUCGAGCUCUCCUACAAGCUGGAGGCGAAUAGUCAGUGAGAGUGGAGGCUCCAGUCAGACCCGCCAGAUCCUUGGGCACCUGGCACUCAAGCACUUUGCACGAUGUCUCAACCAACAUCUGACAUCUUUCCCAUGGAGCAACUUCCUGCUCCACGGGAAAGAGUUGGAUGGAUUUACCCCUGGACCCAUAAGUCUGUUCAUCCUGCUGAAGUCCUCUCCCCAUUGCUCCUUCAAGCCAAAACUACACUUUGCUGGUUCCUGUCCCCUCUGAGAAAGAGGGCAGAAAGCUCCUUCCUCUAUCCCUCCCAUCGAGAUCUGUUCUGGGGAUGGAGCUUCCAACUUCCUCUUCCCAGCAGGAAAGAAUGCCGCCCACCCUUCUGCCUUGCAGAGUGGGAUUGUGGGAGGGAUUGGCAGCCUUCUCCACCACCUGUCCAGCUUCUUCCUGGUCAGGGCUGGGACCCCAAGGAAUAUUAUGUUGCUCUGUGUGUGUGUGUGUGUAUGUCUCCUUUUAGGGAGCAGGAGUGCAUCUGGUAAUUGAGGGCGGAUGUUGGGUGUACUGGGGAGGGGUCCUUCUGUUUGGUGCUACCCUUGUCUACUCUGCCCCUGGAUGGUACGGGGUGCUUUCUCCACCCCCACACUCCCUGCUCAGCUCCUCAUGCUGCCCUGCAUGCCCAGGCUGGUGAGCCAAGCUGCUUUUCAGGGCAGGGAGUGGCAGCAGGUAGGAGGGGUUACCCAUCAGCCCUUGCAAGUCCCCCACUCAGGCCUCUGGAAGGUCCGGGAAUGGACUCUGAUGAGAGGGUAAAAGAUGCUCAGGGAAACACAGGCCUCAGCUGCCUAGAGGACCCUCCCCCUGCCUUGCAGUGGGCUGGGGUAGAGCAGUAUCAGGAGCUAGGGGUGUCUGCUGCCCACAUUCCUGCUUUUUGGGGUAUCUAAUUGCUAAGGAGGGAGUUGGCAUCCCCCUUCUGACUCAUGUGUCUGACACCAACAACAUGGUCUCUGUCCCUCUCCCUGUCUUUUUUUUUUUUUUUUUUUUUUGAGACGGAGUCUCGCUGUGUCGCCCAGGCUGGAGUGCAGUGGCCGGAUCUCAGCUCACUGCAAGCUCCGCCUCCCGGGUUUUUACGCCAUUCUCCUGCCUCAGCCUCCCGAGUAGCUGGGACUACAGGCGCCUGCCACCUCACCCAGCUAGUUUUUUGUAUUUUUUAGUAGAGACGGGGUUUCACCGUGUUAGCCAGGAUGGUCUCGAACUCCUGACCUCGUGAUCCGCCCGUCUCGGCCUCCCAAAGUGCUGGGAUUACAGGCUUGAGCCACCGCGCCCGGCCUCCCUCUCCCUGUCUUGACUCCUCCUUUGUCCUCCCCAUAGAGCUGGGGUGGGGUGGAUCCCUAUACCUGGGGCAGGCAGCCCCAAAGUGGGGGAGGGGGAUGGCGGAGACUGUAAAGGCGCCACCGGACUCUGGCAAGGCCUUUAUUACCUCUGCUCCCCUCCCUCCCAUCACCAGCCUCAAGGCCUGAGGGGUGCAGGGGCUCCUGGCAGCUACUGGGUGAGGUUUCCUGGCACAGCCUCACCCUUCUUUCUGGCACCACCUCUUUCCCUUUUGAAGAGGCAGCAAUAGCAGUAGCAAAAGCAGCUGCUGUUCCUGCUAUGAGGGUGUAUAUAUUUUUUACCCAAAGUUCUGGAAUUGUACAUUUAUUUUUUAAAACUCAAAGAGGGAAAGAGCCUUGUAUCAUAUGUGAACAUUGUAUCAUAGGUAAUGUUGUACAGACCCUUUUAUACAGUGAUCUGUCUUGUUCCUGUGGCAAAAAUCCUCUAUGAACAUAGGCAGGCGCUGUGCCCCAUGCCCUCUUGCCCUGACAGUGUCCCAUGGGCCCCCUCCUGUUCCCUGCCCCCUCCCUGCUACUGCUGAUGCACUCUCCUCUCCCUGCGGCCCCCAGCUUCCCAGCCUUCCUCCUGACCCCUUCCAGCAGCCUUGGAACUCCAGCUGCUACCACCCUCUGGGUCGAAUACUGGGACACACUGGCCCAGUCUUUGCUGCUGCUCACCCCUAACCUUGAUGCCUGCCCAGGGACCCCCCAGCCCCCUCCCCUUGCCCUGCAGCUUUAACAGAGUGAACCAUGUGUAUUGUACAGGCGCGGUUGUCAUUGCAGAAACUGCUGGGUGGAAAAGAAGCCGAUAAAGUCUAUGAAUCAACCUGU